AUGCUGCUCCUGCGCCCGGCUGCGCGCAUGGCGGCGGUGCGUGCGCGCCUGCCGCUGCCGCCGGCGUCGAGGCUGAGCGUGCUGUCUGCGGCGGCGCGCUGCUCAUCAAUACCGGCGUCGUCGUGCCCCCCGCGACGACUGCACUCGAGUAAGCCGACUCCGCCGACUUCUUCUUCGUCAUCAGCGUCGACUGCGCCAAAACCCGCGCACGACCACGACCAUGACCACGACCACGAGCACGGCCACUCGCUGUUCCACUCCCACUCCCACGACCACGAGCACGGCCACUCGCUGUUCCACUCCCACUCCCACGACCACCACCACGGCUCGGACGGCGCAGAGCAGAUCAUCAACGCCUUCAAGACGGGCAAGCUGGACCGCGGCACCAAGAUCACGCUGCUGGGCCUGGGAUCCAACGUCGCGCUUACAAUCUCCAAGGGCCUCGCGGGCCUGUUCAUGAACUCGGCGUCGCUGCUCGCCGAGGCGGGCCACUCGCUGUCCGAUCUCCUCGGUGACUUUGUCACCCUCGCGACCUGGCGCAUUAGCCGCAAGCCGCCAAACGACCGCUUUCCCUGGGGCUACGCCAAGUUUGAGACGUGCGGCACGCUCGCCGUGAGCGUCAUCCUCGUCGGCGGCGCUAUCGGCAUCGGCCUCCACUCGUACCACCUGCUCCUGCAAGUGCUCAUCCCGUACCUCGAGUCGCUGCCGCCCGACUCGAUCCUGCACGGGCUGCAAGCGUGGCUGCCCUCGUCGGUGCCUUCGCCUCUGCUGGAGCUGUUCCACGCCCAUGGAGUUGGAGAGCACGCCCACGACCAUGCUCAUGCUGUCGGCGACGCACACUCCCACGCUACCGUGGCCGCUGGUUCCGCCUCAGGCGCUAUUCUCAACCCCCACGCUGCGUGGUUCGCCUUAGCCAGUGUCGUGAUCAAGGAGUGGCUUUACCAGGUCACGAACAAGGUCGCCAAGGAGGAACAUUCGCCUGUGUUGAGAGCGAACGCGCUGCACCACCGCGCCGACGCCCUCACCUCCCUCGUGGCCCUUGGCUCGAUCGUCGGGUCAAGUCUAGGCGGCUACUCGUUCCUCGACCCACUCGGCGGCAUCGCCGUCUCCUUCUUCAUCCUACAGCAGGGCCUAUCGCUCUCCAAGGUGGCGACGAUGGAGCUCCUGGACGUGGGCAUUGACGCCAAGUCGCAAAAGUCGAUAGAGGACAUUGUCGACGGGCUGGUCGACCACCACAGCCUGCUCGGGUGCCGCAAUGUGCGCGGUGUGCGCUCUGGCGGCCAGAUCGUCCUCGACCUCACGAUUGUCGUGCCCGCCAGCAUGACGGUGCGUGACAGCCACGCCGUCGAGCAGCGGGUGCGCGACGCCAUCAUGGCCGCCAAGAAGGAGACGCGCGAGGUCAAGAUCCACGUGCACGGCGACGACGGGCUCGUGAUCCCCAGCCACAAGCACACCGACGACGCCGCGCCGACCCCGCCCUCGCCAAACGGGAGCAACAACGACUUUGGCCGCGACGGGUGUUAGAGUACCCACCGAGCUAGCUCGACAGAUAGUCGAGCUGUACCACAUUGUAGUCCACAUAGAGCCCUCGAGGCGAAAGCAACACACAAACUUGAUACAACAUGGCCUCAUGGCCGCAUGCCACGCGUAAACUGUAG